AUGGAUGGAAGAAAUCAAACCACAGUGAUGGAAUUCAUUUUUCUUGGCUUUUCUGGUGUCCAACAACUAAAGAUCGCACUCUUUGUGAUGUUCCUGACUGUGUACCUACUCUCCCUCACUGGAAAUGCCCUUAUCAUCAUCAUUGUCCUCAUGGAGCCCGUGCUGCACACUCCCAUGUACAUUUUCUUAGCAAAUCUUUCCUUUUUGGAGAUUUGGUAUACUACAGUCACAGUGCCCAAACUAUUGGCCACCUGUGUAUCACAGAUUGUCACUAUCUCUGUUGCUGAAUGUGUAGCACAAUACUAUUUCUUCUUCUCCAUGGGAGCUACUGAGUGUAUCCUGCUGGCUGUAAUGGCCUAUGAUCGGUACCUUGCCAUUUGUAAUCCUCUGCACUAUGCAAUCCUAAUGAGUCCUCAAGUCUGCCUUCGGUUUUCAGCUGGCUCCUGGGUAGGUGGUUUUAUUGCCCCACUGCUGCCCACAAUUCUCAUUUCCUAUCUCUACUUCUGUGGCCCUCAGAAGAUCAAUCAUUUUUUCUGUGACUCAGAUCCCAUCUUCAAACUCUCUUGCUCGGACACCUUCAUGGUGGAGGCCGUGGGCUACACUUGUAGCUCUGUGGUGAUUUUGAGCUCUUUCCUGCUCACGAUGUCUUCCUAUGUUCAAAUAAUAAUUACCAUCAUUAAGAUGCCUUCUCGGGAGGCCAAGAAGAAAGCUUUCUCCACCUGUGCGUCUCACCUGACUGUUGUCACCAUUUACUAUGGUACUAUCAUAUUUACCUAUGUGCGUCCCCCAGCUAAGUAUAAUUUCACCAUUGGCAAAAUCAUAUCUGUCUUCUACUGUGUGAUUACCCCACUGUUAAAUCCACUUAUCUAUACACUUAGAAACAAAGAUGUGAAGAAAGCUCUCAAGAAAUGUCUGGCCAGAAAGAAGUUGCUUCUGGCCAAAAAUAUGUAA